AUGUUGAAGAAAUCCUUGUUUCUAAUCUUCAUCUCAUUCGCUAUCCUGGGUAUAUCCUUUAUUGUUACAUACGACAAGCGACGAAAGUACCUGCCCCCCGGACCCAAAGGGCUACCAUUCAUUGGGAAUCUUAAAUCACUUUCGAAUCCAGAUGAAAUUCCGAAUAUAACGAGAGGCUGGGCUCGAGAGUAUGGCCCUAUAGUUUACACAAAGAUGGGUGGCGGCGAUUGGAUCUGGGUCAACUCAGCAUCAGUGGCCAAGGAGCUGUUUGACAGGCGAGGCUCAAAGUACUCGUCCCGUCCACGAAUGCCUAUGGCAUUUGAGGCCACGUCAAAUCAAAAUCGCGAAAUAUUUAUGCCGUACGGAGAGCGAUGGAGAAAGCUGAGGAAACUCAGCCACGCUGCCCUCAACCUUAACACCUCUGCGUCAUACAAGCCAAUCCAAGAUUUUGAGUCCAAGCAAGUCAUGUACGAGUUCCUGCAUGCAAAAGAUGACAUGGCAUUCUACGACAUCAAUCGGCGAUAUUCAGCUAGUGUGAUCAUGACAGUCACUUAUGGACACCGAGUUGAGGACUGGAAUGACCGCUAUAUCAAAAAGAUCUAUGAAGUUCUUGAGCAUUUUACUUUAAUGUCUGAGCCUGGAGCUUGGCUAGUUGAUGCCCUGCCAUCGCUUGCAAGUUUACCCUCAUGGAUGGUCCAGAACUGGUGGAAGAUUGGACGCGAAUGGUUCGAGUACGACCGCCAAGUGUACCUAGAAUUUUAUCUGGACUUGGUGAAGCAAAUCCAAAAUGGAACAGCACCUGAUUGUGUUAUUCGAGAUUUCUAUGAAAGCGGACUAGACAAAAAGGGCAUCGAUGAUGAGCAAGCCGCAUAUGCUGCAGGUGGCAUGGUGGAAGCGGGCAGCGAGUCGACCUCAACCGUCAUUAAUGCUUGGAUAUUGGCCUGUCAAAUUUAUCCUAAUAUCGUCAAAUCCGCGCAAGAAGAGCUUGACCGCGUCGUUGGCAGCGAUAGAAUGCCCGGAUUUGAGGACGAGGACAACCUGCCCUAUAUCCGAGCGAUGGUGAAGGAAACACUUCGAUUCUGGCCCAUCACGAAGCCCGGGAUGAACCAUGCGACAACAGAAGAUGAUUGGUAUGAUGGUUAUUUCAUUCCGAAAGGGAGUGUUGUAAUGCUCAAUUGGUGGGCUAUUCACUAUGACGAGAAGCGUUGGGAUAACCCAGAUGAAUUUGACCCAACACGAUACCUUCAUGACAAAUAUACGACUGCUGAAUCCGUAAAUCUGGCUGAUGGAAACGCGCGAGACCAUUUUGCAUAUGGCGCCGGUCGGCGUAUCUGCAGUGGGAUGCAUCUUGCGCAAAAUUCGCUCUAUAUCAACAUGGCGCGAACUCUUUGGGCAUUUAACAUCAAAUGUGGAAAGGAUGAGAAUGAGGUACUAAUUAAGCCUGUAUUGAAGACAGAACCUGGGUUCUUGAUGGUUCCUGCUCGGUUUCAUGCCGUACUUGAACCAAGAAGCCAGAAGCAUGCGGAUAUCAUCGAUAAAGCAUGGAAGGAAGCAGAGCCUCUGGGUGUUAUAAUUCAGCGAAAGAGAGCACACUAG